AUGAGGCAAGUAGGAGUUAAAGGAGUUUAAGUCGAAGAACUUAUCACCCUUGAAGAUGAUGAACUUAACCAAAUUAAGUAAUUUACCGCUUAACUUUAAUAUCAUUUUAGGCCUAUUUAUGGACUUAUCUUCUUAUUCAAAUGGAUAUAAGAAACUGAAAAGAGAGAGACUUUAGUUGAAUAUGAUCCUGAACUAUUCUUUGCUAAUUAAGUGAUCAAUAAUGCUUGCGCUACUCAAGCCAUUUGCUCUAUUCUCAUGAAUAGGACUAAAGACAUUGAAAUCGGAGAUGAGUUAAAGAACUUGAGAGAGUUUUCUCUUGAGAUGAACGCAAAAGACAAGGGAUGGGCUAUUGGUAAUUCUGAAGUUAUAAGAGUAGCUCAUAAUAGUUUCUCAAGGUAGGAGCCAUUUGAGAUAGAAUAAGAUGUGAAAGGGGGAAAAGAGGAAGAUGCUUUUCACUUUAUCUCAUAUCUUCCAUUUAAUGGAUAACUUUACGAACUUGAUGGACUCUAAAGUGGACCUAUUAGCUUUGGGCCAUGCACUGAGGAAAACUGGUUAUCUUAAGCAAGGGAACAAAUAAUGAAGAGAAUAGCUAAGUAUGAAUCUUCUGAAAUCAGAUUUAAUCUUCUAGCUGUGAUUGCUGAUAAGAAAGAUCAGGCUGAAAAAGAAUGCAACAGAUUAAAGCUUAUCAGAAACUUCUUAAUGAAGCAAUUAGGCCAUGAGUAAGAUGAAAUCAUGGAGGAUUUGAGUUCAGUAAAGACUGAGAUCGAUGAAUUAUCAAAGUAAAACCAAGAAACCAUGUAGGCAAGUCUUAAUGAAAUUAAUCAAUCAAUUUUGAACCAAGAAAUGAAGAUCCAAAAUGAAAUUGAAAGAAAUCAAAGAUGGAAAACCGAAAAUGAAAGAAGAAAGCAUAACUAUGUUCCUUUUGUUCUCGAACUGUUACAAUAAUUAGCCAAGAAAAAUAUGCUUGAAGGAUUGUUUAAAGAUGCAGUAGAGAAAAAGAAGAAGAAGCAGGAGGAAAAGAAAGCAUCUAAAACUGGAGGAGCAAAGUGA